AUGGACGAACUCCUCGCCAAACACCGCAAGGAGCAGAAGGACCUUCAAGGGCGGAUUACCCAGAAGAAAAAGUCCGCCACUAAGAAGACCCGCAAGGGCGUCAAUGAUGAAUGCGAGCGGAUGCAACGGGAUCUCACAGAGCAACAACAAGCUGAAAUCACAAAUUUGAAUGGGGAUUCAGUUGAGGCCAUCGAGUCCCUCGAAGAUUUGAGCCUGGAAGACGGUGCACCGACAAAUGGAGAAUCGAACGAGGACAAGACGACACAACCAGCCCAAGACGAGCCUUCUCCCAGCCCCGAAUCAGAGCAGCCCACGGCCCGUGGCAAGAAACCCAACCGCCAAAAAGCCCGUCUCGCUCGCCGCGCUGCCGAACAAGCUGCCCAGGCCGAGGCCGCCGCCGAAGAAGCCGCGAACCAAACCAACUACCGCGGCAAUGAGCAGGAAGUCAUGGACGCAGUAUUUAAAAAACUAGGCCUGAGGGAAGUCGAAGUCACCCCGGACGGGCACUGCCUCUACUCUGCGAUUGCCAAGCAGCUCGACGAGUCUGGAGUCGGCUUGCGGCCGGACCCAAGCCGAAUCAUCCUGCAGCCGACGACACAAUCACGUAUCGACACUGUCGCUUCGCCGCAACAUGAUGGCUACCGAGCAGUCCGGGCGGUCACGGCUGAUUUUAUCGUGGAACACAAGGAAGACUUUGAGGCAUUCAUGGAAGAGCCUUUGGACGUCUAUACUCGGAAGAUCAAGCUUACAGCCGAGUGGGGUGGUCAGCUGGAGCUGCAGGCUAUUGCGCGGGCAUACGGAGUCGACAUCAAUGUCGUGCAGAAAGAUGGGAGAUUGGAGAAAAUCGAGUGCGGUGAGAUGGACAGUUUUGAGGAAGAGGAAAAGCGCAAGCGCGUCCUGUGGCUGGCGUACUACCGACACUCGUACGGGCUCGGCGAGCACUACAACGCUCUGUUCGAGCAGAAAUAG